AUGACGACAAUUGCAUCCCAAAGCGCCGUGUUUCAUCGAAGUCUCCAUUCCGAUCCUAUAUCAGUGGUUGGUGCCAAUGGAAACUAUCUGCACCUGUCCGGUGGAGGAAAACUGCUUGACGCUACAGGAGGAGCCGCCGUAUCGUGUCUCGGCCAUGCUAACAAGCGCGUAAAAGAUGCCAUCAUAAGUCAAUUGGAUGUAGUCUCAUACGUACAUUCCGCAACUUUUGGCACAGACGCAGCAGAGAAGCUGGCAAAAGCACUUGUUGAAUCGACUGGUGGAGAGAUGUCAAAGGCGUAUAUAGUCAGCUCUGGUUCCGAAGCAAUGGAGGCAGCCCUGAAACUUGCGAGGCAACACUAUCUUGAACUCAGCCCCCCACAGCCUCAGAGGACCAAGUUCAUCGCCAGACACGAAUCUUAUCAUGGUACAACACUUGGAGCACUGUCGAUCAGCGGCCACAAAGCACGGCGUGCUCCGUAUGAGCCUAUGUUGCUUCCCAACAUGAGCAGGGUCUCUGCCUGCAACGCAUAUCGUGGGAUGAUAGAGAAUGAGACAGAGGCAGGAUACGUGGACAGGCUAGCGAAGGAACUCGAUGAUGAGUUCCAGCGCCUCGGUCCCGAAACAGUGUGCGCCUUUGUCGCCGAGCCCGUAGUCGGAGCUGCGUUGGGAUGUGUCCCGGCAGUCAGGGGCUACUUUCAAGCAGUACGUGCUAUUUGCAACAAGUACGGGGCACUCUUGAUUCUCGACGAAGUGAUGUGUGGUAUGGGUCGUACAGGCACACUGCAUGCCUGGCAGUCGUCUCUCAUCAACGUCACACCUGAUAUCCAAACCAUUGGAAAAGGCCUAGGUGGUGGAUAUGCCCCAGUAGCCGGCGUGUUGAUCAGUCGGAAGGUCACAGACACGCUCUUUGCAGGCACUGGUGGAUUUUCCCAUGGGCAGACUUAUCAGGGGCAUCCUGUCAGCUGUCGAGCUGCCCUGGAAGUCCUCAGUAUCAUCCAAGAGGAGAAGCUGGUACAGAAUGUGGCUGCUAUGGGUGAGAAGCUAGAGCAACUGCUGAAGCAACUUGUCUUGCCAUUACCUCAUGUUGGUGAUGUGCGAGGAAAAGGACUUUUCUGGGGAAUUGAGUUUGUCAAUGAUAAAACAACCAAGGAGCCAUUCGAUCCAAAGGAGAAUGUCGCAACGAACAUUCAUGAGAAAGGAUUGACUGAUCCACACAACAUCACACUAUAUCCUGGCAAUGGCACGGUGGACGGCAGGGUUGGAGAUCACAUUCUCCUUGCUCCUGCGUACAACGCGACAGCGGAAGUUAUCGAGUUGAUAGUGCGAAAGACGGCGGCAGUGAUUGAGGAGUAUUUCCGACAGGGUAAAGACUAG